ACUCACUCAGAUAGUUGAGUGAUUGUCACAAGAUGGCUCCGCUGCUGUUCAUCCUCUUUCUCGUGUCUCAUCUUGAAGCAGGAGCGGCACGACUCAGAACCACCAGCUGUCUCUACCGCAGACCUGGAGAUGACGUCGUUCUGUCGCUGCGUGGUUUUGAAACGUGCGAAGCGUCAGCUUGGACCCGUGAUGGAUCGGUGCCUCGCGGGAGGCCGCUGCGCCAGGGCGCCAACUGCUUUCUGCACAUCGACAACGUCACGGCCGAGGACGCCGGCUGCUACAGCUCACUGGAGGACACACUGUGUCUGUACAUCGUGAGCGUUUCAGACGCUGGACCACAGCGAGGCAGUCAUGUGACGCUGCAGUGCUCUCUGUUCAGAACCGUGUAUGACAGACCCUGUGGACAGAGUAACAUCCUCUGGUUGGACGAGGCGGGGUACGAGCUGCUCCACGACGACGACGUGUGCGAGGUCGCAGAGGGCACGUGUGUCUCCAACCUGACUGUGGACGCCGACCCCGGCAGGACGUACACCUGCCAGGUGAUGGAUGACACGUAUGACGUCAUGAUCGAGGCCAACCACACGCUGGUCUUCAGAGAUGCUGCCACAGAUGCUGCCACAGAUGCUGCCACAGAUGCUGCCACAGAUGCUGCCACAGAUGCUGCCACAGAUGCUGCCACAGAUGCUGCUGAGUGGUCUCCUCUGAGCUUUGUCAUGUUGACUCUGUGUGUGUCAGUCCUGAUCCUGAUGAUUGUGAUCACGGUUCUCAUCGUCAUCAAAACACGAAAAGAAAAACAGGAUCCAAAAAGCCAAAGAGUGAUGGAAGUGAGCGUGUGAGUGAAACCACAAGUGAAAGCCUCCUCGUUGUUGAACCAUCUUUGAAUCUUUUUUUUUUUCUCUAAACCAAGAAAAUAAAAUGUGUCUUAAAUGGUAAAGUGCUGUCCGUCACUGUUAAAUGUAAAAAAAAAAGUUUACCUAAACCAGUUAUGCAUCAAAAUGAAUGAUUGGAAGUAACUUUAUACACUUAAUUUGUCCUAUAAUGUGUAAUAAUAAUAAUAAUAAUAAUAAUAAUAAUAAUAAUGUGUCCCCUCACUGUCCUUCUUUUCUGCCACUAUUCAGAUCAACAAAUGAGUAAAAUGCGUUAUUGCAGAUUAAGAUUAAGAUUAAA